AAACUAUCAAACAGAUUUUGAUGUCUUGUUGACAAUAAUGGAUUGUCAAAAACAGCUGUAGAUGCACAAGAUUGCAAGUACUCUACAAAAUUAUUCAAAUUUAUAAAACCUAUCGAAUUAAAAUUGAAUUUGAUAAUCAAAGAUUGAAAAAUAUUUAUAAUGCUCUAAACCCAACAUAGAUCUAACGCAGCCUAUAAUAAUUCAAGUGUUACUUUGCAUUGAAAAUAAAUAUGACAGAGUACAAGAAAAUCCCUGUCGAUCCUGAUUUACAAAAGUUCGCGGACAACAACGACUAUGAUUCUCUUGCUAAAUACUUAGUUGGAAACUACAGUCGCUUCCGUGAGAAUAUUAUAAUACCGAGAAUACUAGGACCAGUCGUAAUAAAAACAAAUGAAGAAAAAAUGAUUGAAGCCGCAGUAGAAAGCUGCCCAUUUAAAUCAGUAACUAGUUGUAUUAUUGGCUAUGGUCUUGGAGCAGCAGUUGGUCUUUUCACAUCUUCAUUAAUGCCAAAUGUAACAGACACAACAGCUCCACAAACACAAAGUGCUAGAGAGAUAUUAAGAGAAAUGAAAGGAGCCAUGUUAAGUUAUGCAAAAAAUUUCGCAAUUUUGGGUGCUGUCUUCUCUGGUGUUGAAUGCUGUAUAGAAACAGCCAGAGGAAAAUCAGAUUGGAGAAAUGGAACCUAUGCUGGAGGUGUAACUGGUGGACUUAUUGGAUUGAGAGGAGGACUUAGAGCUGGUAUAUUCGGUGCUGCAGGAUUUGCAGCGUUCUCAACAGUAAUAGACUACUAUAUGCAUCAGCGAGGUUGAUAAAUUUUAUAUAAGUAUACUUUAAUAAUUAAUAAAAUAAAUAG